AUGGGUGACCAGUCAGCGUUCGAGAACCCUCUGGCCGAGAGCCACCCCAUGCAGGCCUUCAUUUCCCGAGUCCUGCCCCAUCCUCCUCCGAGGUUGUCCCGAGACCCCUUCGGCCACUGCUCCCCCCUCGCCAUGGGAGGGGGCGGCCACUUCAUGGAGGGGGCGGAAGGGGUGGACGGCGAGGCCGGAGAGGGCUACCCCGUCAGCGGCCUGGAACAGCAGCAGGAGAGUCCCGUCGGCUGGGGCGGUCAGGCAUCUUCCUCCUCCUCCUCCUCCUCCUCCUCCUCAGCAGCCGUGAUGCCCUCCGGACCCCGAGGCAGAAGCCAAAUUGAGGAGUACAGGGAGGACUGGGCCUACCAGACAGUGCUGGAUGGAUACAGAGGAGGAGGAGGAGGAGGUGGUGAAGAAGGCGCAGGAGGAGGCAACCGACAAAAGCUGGACUCCUUCUCCGAGGCAUUCUUCCGACGUAGCUUAGAGCGGCAGUAUGCCGACGCGGCAGACGGCUUCUUCGGGAUGAAAGGGAUUCCAGAGGGCUCGGUUUCAGACUUCCCCCUACCGUCGUUGUCUAACUCCUUCGCCUUUCCCCACGUCCUCAGUCCACCCCCGACCCCCCUGCCGGCCGGCCCAGUCUCCUCCCCGCCGCGACGGAUGCACCUCCCGCCCUCCUUCCAGGCCGAGUUCUUCCCCACCCUGCAGCCCUUCUACCCCUCCAGCCAAUCGCCGACGCUCACGCCCAAGUUCCCGCUCCACCAUUGGCUGCAGCCGUCAGCUGAGGUGCCUAUGAGGGGCAGGGACCCAACCCCACCCAUUGGCCAGGGCAGAGACUCCCUUCUUUACCCCGAGGAGGAAUUCCAUCUGAAACAUCUGGACUCCGGCCAGCACAAUGACUAUGGAAGUGCAGAUUGCGGCCUGCAAACGCCUAUCAGCUCGCCGCUGUCCCAGUACCCACAGUCCUGCACGAAGCCCCAGCUCGGGCCAGACGCUGUGUCCUCUGCCAGCCACAUGACCUGGUCUACGGUGGUUCCAUGCUCUGUCCCCUCAUCGCUGUCCGUCUGCCUGACCUCACUGACCCCUCACCUACAGACCAAUGGCCACCGGGCAGGAGAGGAGGUCCGACCCUGCGUGAGCUCGCAGAUGUUGAUGAACCAGCCUGUGAGCCACACGCAUAUCCAGAAUGUGAGCCCCCAGGUCUACGCUGGAACUCCUUUCCAGAGCAUUCUACAGGCCACUAGGGAGGUGGACGUGUUGGACUGGGACGGGAUGACCGACGCCACGCUCCGCUACACGCCGCAGCCCAUGCUAAACCCCCACCGGCGUGGGACGGGCCUCUUCAGUAGCCUGGCGCCCCUCAGCACAGCAGUGGACAGGGAUCUGAGCACAGCCAGUGGAGAGAGAGCCUUACUUCACAGAGGAAUUAACAUCGGUCCAGAGUUCCAGGCGGAGCUGCCGAGUUUGUUAACACGGGACGCUGAAGAGGACGAGGAGGAGGAGGAGCUGGACACUGAUGAACCUCUCUCGGUGCAGUUACUAUGGAAACCAUCCAAGGAGCUGGAUAAUGACACCAUACUUCAGGAACAAGUAGAGCGGGUGCUGGAGCUCUGCAGUUCCGGAGCUGUACCAGGAGGGGGCACCAACGUGGAGCUCGCUCUCCACUGCCUGCACCACUGUCAGGGUGACAUAAUGACUGCUGUGGAGAUGCUGCUCUUCUCCCAUCCGUUCCCGGCCGGUGACUACCAUUACUCAGGGAGCGAUGUCUGGCAUUUGAAUGAAAAGAGAUUGUUCUUCAAAGCCUACGCCAUGUAUGGCAAAGAGUUCUCUCUCAUCUCAAAAAUGGUGAAGACAAAGCGAGUUUCCCAGUGUGUGGAGUUCUACUACCUUUCCAAGCGGCUCCCGGACAAACAGAGACGGCAGAGGGAGCGGGAGAGGGAGCUAGAGCUGGAGCAGGAGGCUAGAGCUGCCUCAGUCAACAGAGUCCCUCUGGCGUCUAAGGCACUGGCAGGCCCAGCAGGGAUGGAUGGCGUGAUCCGAACCCCAUCGCUGGCUACCAGCUUCCCCUGCAAACAGUGUGGAAAAAUGUUCUAUAAGAUCAAAAGCAGGAACGCUCACAUGAAGAUCCAUCGGCAGCAGCAGCCGGAGACUUGGACUGAUGGCAACGGCCCAUGCAAGAACCUCACGGUGACCCAGCAGGACCAGCAGGUUCUGGUUCAGCCUGCGCAGAACCACCAGCUCCUCCUGCAGAACCUGGUCCAGUCUCAGGCCUGUCUCACUUUCCUCCAGAACCCCAAAAACCACGCAAUCAACAUCAGUGCUCAGUCCUUAGCCAGCUUGAGCCCCAAUAUCGUCCCCAAGUCCUCCCCGCUACCCCUCUACCCAACCGGCCUCCCCUCGUGGGAGGGCUUCCAGGGGGUCUCUGACUCGGGCGCUCUGUACUAUGACCCGGAAGGGAAACCCAUGCUGGGAGCCAAAGGUCAAGUUCAAUGGCCAUAGCAGUCAGAUAGUGCAUGCGUUCAUCUGUGAAAUUCCUGGACUCAUUCGCAGUUGUUGGGGAGUUGUGUAUAUAUUUUUGUGUAGAUAAUGUUUAUACAUUUUUAUA